AUGGACAGUUAUAUUUUUGGCCAACAUCUCGAACAAUGCAAUUCCGUGGAAGAGAAAACCAGCUAUUUGGAGAUUUUCAACUACUCGGACCCUGAGUAUGACACAUGUGAAGAACAUGCUUUGCUCACGGAUGAUGACUUUGAUAACUUCGUCCGUCAAACUGGCACCUUCUCCCCCGAUCCAUUACCAGAGGGAGUGAAGUUACAGGAUGGCAUUCGUUUAAUCGUCCAAAAAGAUGCUGUCCACGUCAAUACAUUUGCACCGCUUUACAUAUCAUUGAAGAAGGAGUCAUAUGAAUUGAUGGUGAGAGCAUGGCAUCUUCCAUUCCGGGCGAUUGAGGGCAGUAGUCUUGUUGGUCCGUUUUUCUGGUGUUCUCACGAUCAGAAUGAAGAUGAUCGCCAUCUACAAAUCAUCUUUCGAAAAUCUGAUGUGAGGAAGAAGGGUAAAACUCGAGGAUGGGAAAUUAUGCUCUCGUAUUCGUAUAAGACAGGCAUCACCUCAGGGUUUGUCAAGGGUACAGAGUCUUCAGAUAUUGUGAACUCUCUCAAACAACUACUUGCUUGCCGUGCUGAAGUUAGACACCCACUUCUCCUCCCCAUCAUCAUUCUUUCUCACGACCUCUCAGCCAAGGGUGAUAAGAGACAACGUGAUGCCCGUGACUGGUUGAGACGUCUUGAAAAUGCUAUCACUAUGCGUAACGAGAUCGACGAGAGGGAAACAUAUUCAGAUUUUGACGUGGACGGGAUCAAUCGAGACCUUGUGGAGUGUCACUCUCAAGUGCUAUGGAAACGGCCACAGGCUUACCAAGAAAUUAUCAAAGAAGUCAAGGGAGCAAUGGAUAAUUUCAUGAAGUAUGUCCCUGAACAUGGCAGGAAUUCGAAAACCCUUAUGGCUUUGCACGACUCCAUGAUGGGACGAUUAGAUUUCUACAGAGUAAAGCUUACAGGGAUGGAGCACUAUAUUCAUACGACGCUAGAAAGGUUGCACAUACAGCGGCAAGCCCUGUAUAACAUUAUGGCCCAGAAAGAGUCUAAGCUCAACCUCGAGAUCGCUUCCCAACAGAGAAGAGUAGCCCACGCGACCAAGCGUGAUGGCACCGCUAUGAAAACGUUGUCUCUUCUCGGCGCUGUAUUUCUCCCUGGAACGUUCAUGGCUUCUGUCUUCAGCAUGACAUUCUUCGAUUUCAAUGUUGGCCCAAGCGACGGGGGCUCUAGUAGCUCGGGCUCUAAUGACACUUCAGGCGAUGGCGCAACGGUUUCAAAGAAGCUUUGGGUUUAUUUUGCUGUCACGGUACCGCUAACUGUCAUUAUCUUGUUAUUCUGGUACUACCUGGACCGGAAACGCGAGAAACGGUACGAGCAGGAGGACGUGGAGAUCGAGAAGGGCAUCGACAGGAUGGAGAAAGAUAUAUUGGCCAUUAUGCGCAAGAAGACAAUCAACAAAGUCACUACAUGGAAUUCCGGUGGCCACGCAGCCAGUCCUACACCGAACGGGUCGGCGAGAAGAGAGAGGCUACUUGCCAGGAAAGAUACCAGCCUGGAUGACUUUGAAUUGGUCUGA